AUGAACGCAAACGCUGAAGUAAAAAUACAAAGUCCCAAAGUAAAGCAGCAUACAAGCGAGUUUAAUGUUAAAGUGCACAAGGAUCUCAAUUUUCCGAAACCCAGCUCUGAUGUCAAUGUGAAUGAUCCGAAGGUUGUUAUAGCAGAGCAGAAGAAACCACCAGCUGACACAGAGAUUCAGUCCCAAAGUAAAGAGCAUCAUGCAAGCGAGUUUAAUGUUAAAGUGCACAAGGAUCUGAACAAUCCUGUUCCGAAACCCAGCUCUGAUGUCAAAGUUCAAACACCGAAAGUUUACCAUGAUGCUGAUGUUGUUGACGUCAAGGUCCGCAAAAAUGAAAGAAAAGAGCUGGUACGAAUGCCAUCUGUGACUGAACUCCGACAAAAAUUCAUUGAAGAUCAGAAGAAAAAAACGCCGCCACGAGAGCCGGUGAAGCCUGUCCGUAAAAAGUGGAAGCCGCCGCCGCGCGACGUACCUGACAUCGCUUCGACUCCCAGAUUGUCUGACGAGCAGGUGAAGCUAGUGAGCAGUGAACGACGCACGAAGCCGAACCAGCGGCUGGACAUGUCGUUCCCGGACGUCGAGGUCACCAUCAGGAGCAGCAAUCUGAAGCGCAUACAGGACAGCGAGAUGACGUUCAGCGAGCCGGUACUCGUGAGCACGCCGAUCCGCAACUCCGCUGUAGACGAUCGCCUCGUACGAGUCAAUCGCUUCCUUAAGGAGGACAAGAGUAAGACGGAGAGCCAGCCCGACCUGUCGAAGAGCGGCGCGCGCUCUCUGUUCGCCGACAGCACUAACUACACGGCAAUUACUUCACCCGAGCCGCUCACUACGCUACCGCCGCCCACCGUCACGACGGAGGUCAUCACGGACCGACUAAACCACAGUGCAGCACCGCAGCAGCAGCCGCUUGUCAGCGUCUCGAUGGCGGAGCCGCGCAGUCCACCGUAUGCCGUCACGCCGUACACGCCGCCGGUCACUGUUAACACGGCGAUGUCGGACAACGCGCCGGCUGAACCGCCUGUGCAAGGCAAGAAGCGUGUCGUGAAGAAGACUCAUAAAACAACGAAGGUGACGCACAAGGAAUCUCAUCGGGUCGGUAGCACGCCCGAGUUGUUGCGAGAGGUGAAUUUGCUUCAGAGCCACGCUGAAGAGCCCGUAUCCAACCAGCUGGUCGUCAGAAAUACCCACGAAAAUCAAGAAAACGACUCGAAUGCCGACUCAUCAGAAUUAAACGAUUCGCAAGGUCCGGCAGAUGCCAACGCGGCGGACAAACGGAAGCCACGCAAGGUGACCAAGUUUAAGAAGACGACGACCAUUACCACGAGGACGAUAAAGAAAGUCGUGCCAGCGAACAGAGGUCAGCAAGAUGAGGACAUGCCGCCGGUGUCACCAUCCGUGUAUCCAGCGAUCGAGAUGUCGCCGUCCGUAUCAGACUCCCCAGAGCCAGUGCCUGACUACGAGCGAGGUAGGUCGUCCUCCAGUACGCCCCGCACCCCACCGCCAGACUACGACAACAAGAACCUGUCCGUAUUCGACACGCAGUCACCGGAGCCGGGUGUCUACUCGUCGCUGGAGCGCAUCAGAAGUCCCGUGCACUACAGUAGCGGUAGGGUCCAGCGCAGUCAGUCGGCGAGGGAGGAGACACGAUCCGGUUCCUAUCGGCCGCGAAGCCGCGAGCCGACUUCAGGCAGGCUUCGGCACGACUCGCCGCCGCAGGACGGAUCCCUGCCCCGUCACGGAUCGCUGCCCCACCACGGAUCGCUGCCCCAUCACGGAUCCCUGCCACAGGACGGAUCGCUGCCUCGUCACGGAUCGUUGCUGCACGGCAGCCAGCCGGUGACGACGCCGCGGCACGCGCUGCUGUGCAAGGAGAACUACGAGCUGACGCAAAGCUCGCCCGACCUGAACAACGGCGAGUUUGGUCACGCGCGCAGCGCCGGCGGCGGUGGCACCCGCCACGAGAUGAUGACCAUCAACGAGGGAGGCGAGGCGAGGCACGGUGGCCGGCAGCCGGCCCGCGUCCACCGCGACGACAGCAUGACAUCGAGCUCUGCUGACGCACCCCACCAGCGGAUGGCACCACCGAGACCGUACCGCGAUGACAGUGUCACCGCCAGCAGUCCGGACGUGCCUCACUACCGAGGUGUGUCUACACGACCAUACCGCGAUGACAGUGUCACCGCCAGCAGCCCGGACGUGCCUCACUACCGAGGUGUGUCUACACGACCAUACCGCGAUGACAGUGUCACCACCAGCAGCCCAGACGUGCCUCACUACCGAGGUGUGUCUACACGACCAUACCGCGAUGACAGUGUCACCACCAGCAGCCCAGACGUGCCCCACCGCCGCAGACCACCAACGGGGCCAUACCGGGAUGAUAGCACCACAGCAAGCAGCCCGGACAUCACACGCUACCGCUCCCGUCCACCUAACUCAUCCAGCCAGCCAGACUUGUCCGCGUCGAGGUCCCCUCAUCGUGGCGGCGCGUACGGACAACGCUCACUGCAAAGGGUCGACAAGCGCAAGUCUCCGAGCGCCGUUCUCGCAAGAGCCAGCUUUUGGGACAACAGGGUGCAGGAUAGCAAAGCUUCUGACAAGGAGGCAAACUUGGACAACUUUCCAGCGAUGCAUCCCACCUAUCAAUAAGCAAUCUUCCGGUUUCAGGUUUCUCUAUCGAUCAUUUCUGUACUGUUUAUAACAUGUGGCCAACAUGUGUUCAAUGCACGCAGUUUUUAGGUGAAUAUAUAUGCGGUAUAUGCCUCCGAUACCUGUAACUAAAUUUUAUGUUAUACUGCAUUGUGGUUGUGCUGUCUAAAUACUGGGUUGUACAUUUACAGACAGAUAAUGUGUGGUCUUUCGCACAAAUUCCUUGUCAAUGUGGACCAAAUUCGUAAUAGCUGCUAUGGUGCUGUAACGCGAUGGAUUUUGUUGUCUUGUUAACCUGCUCUUAAGUUAUACACAUUGGGUUCAAAACUGUUAGGUAGAACAGGUGCAAGUACCUACAAGUACACGGGUGCAAAACUGAGGUGUGUGUAGAUGUACUUGCAUAACGUGAAGUUUUGCCGAGUGUAAAAAUGAAGAUUAGUAAUCAUGAGUAAAAAUAUCAAAAGAUUUUGAUUGUUAUAAUGUGUGCUAAGUCAUUCAAGAGGAAACAUCUUGAUGUGUCAGUAGCCAGAAUGAAAUCAAUUUGAACAUUGAAACUGUAAUCGCUUAGUGAGGCCAAUAAGUUUGGUGAGAACUGAUAGGAAACAUAUAUUUGUAACGUGAUCCUAAUUAUUUGUAUGGAACUUGUAUUGUUUAUUCUAGCUACUGUUUAUAACACGUUUUGUAUAUUUUCACGUACAUGUUAACAUACCGGAGUAAGAAUACUCAGUAAGAGAUUACACGUUCAGUUUACUAGUGCAUGCAAGUGAGACUGCUGUGAAACUUUUAGAAGGUUUUAUAUAGGAUGUUUAUUACUUGUUAUAUAGGGUUUAUGUACGAUUUGGUAAUGGGGUUCUGUUGUGAUUGGAAGUGGGUCGAUUUUAUUUAUGUUAUUUUUUAACAACUGGGCGUCUUAUACAACUAUUUUUAUGACUUUCAUACAACUGUUGAAUUACUGCAACGUGCACAUGAUAUAUAUCACGUUAACUAUGAAGUUUAUUGGACACUUGUCAGUGUAUACUAAAUUACGAUAUGUAACGUGUCAUGUGUUUUUAUUGGAAUUAUUAACCUAUAUAUAAAAACAAAAAAAUCCGUCUAAACAAGA